GUCAGUGUACCUGUACAUCAAAUCUCACGUUUGGAGACACGUGUCAAUUUGGGAUCAAUGUCACCCAUACCGAGAUUGCUUGCGGUUCUCUGUAAACAAGCGGAUCCACGAAACUUUAAAGAUGUGAAAGUUGUUGCUCUCAAGAAUGGAAGCAUUAUUGCUGAGAGCGUGGCUCAAUACAACUAUCCUAACAACAACACAGAAAUCAUGUUCCUAAAUGAGGGUCUGAGGCACACAUUAGUGGCAAUUUUUAAUAACACAGAAAAUAUGAGAAACCUGAGUCAAGCCGUUGGAGCUGUCUCCAUUCAGGAGACCAGUAUCAUUCUGCAACCAUCAAAAAUAAAGAACAUUUCAGAUCUGGGGCCAUUCAUGUUCUGCUCACUGGAUUUUUCCAACUACACCUUGGAGAUAAUCAGUGGAGUCUGGUUGUGUUUGGGCCCCUGUAAAACACAGCCUGACUACUGUCACCAGCAUGGAGAGUGCUUUAACAUGAAGACUGGACCCACAUGUUUCUGCGAUGAGUCUCCACUAGUGCAGUACCAUGGCCAGCAGUGUGAGAUGUUCCAGUGGGGAGCAGGGUUCUACGGGCUACUGUUCGGCGUGCUGGGAGCCGUGCUGCUGCUCUUCAUCGCUCUCAUAGCGGUGGUACUGGUUCUGAGGAGGAGGAGGGGUCAACAAGAGUUCGGCAACGAUAGAAGGUUUCUGUUUCUAAAGGAAGAUUUUUUCAACUUUUCAAACACAGCCUUGAUCAACAGAGAUCCAGAGUCCACAGGACUGUCUGGGAGAGCUGGGAAGUACGACCUGGAUAACAGCCACACCUUGCCCAACACACCAAAUCCAGAAUCUUUCCGGCCUUCACCAGAAAACCCUUACAAAUCUUGAACAUUUGUAUUUUUUCUUUAUCAGACGAGGGUGAAGCAUCCAGAGGUGUUACCUUCAUGGACUGACCAAUAUCAAUAAGAGUCUCUGUUCCUAUCUACUCUUUUUUUUUCCAUUUUCUCCCAUUUUUUCCCCAAUUUUAGUUGUUAUACCAAUUCCCUGUGUGUAUCACACAGUCCUGGUCAAUGCGCUAUCCUGUGUCAGUCUGGGGAGGGUGUAGACUACCACAUGCCUCCUCUGUUACAUGUGGAGUCACCAGAGGCUUCU